UUGAUGAUUACUUUCUCGAUGAUUUUCGGUGUGUAGUGUUAUUGACUUGCAACUUUUUUUUUGUUAUCAUCGGGUGUAUAUCAUGUCGAAUUUACCGAGUCCGUUUGUUUAUUGGGCACAAAGUGAAACCCAAGUCACUCUUAAAGUCGACCUCAAAGAUGUAAAAGAUCCGGACAUACAACUGCACGAUAAAAGUAUAACAUUUAGUGGACACGGCGUUGCGGCUUGUGGUUCCAAUCAGUACAGCUUUCAUAUCGAUUUAUACUCACAAGUUGAUACAGAGGCCAGCAAGUACAAAAUUUUAGAUUCCAAAGUGAACAUUACGUUGCAAAAAAGUGUGGAUGUAUGGUGGCCAAGGAUAACAUCACAACCGCAGAAGCCGCAGUGGCUUAAGAUUGAUUUCGAUCGCUGGCGAUGCGAUCCAGAAGAUGACGUUGAAGAAGAAGAAACCCGAAACGUAAUGAACGACUACCCAGGACUGUACGAACGUUUGCAAAAAGAUGAAAUUGGAUACCGUAAAGAGCAAACACGAACGGUAUACCUCAUAAUGUACAACCUGAUACAAUUCGUCGGUUUCCUGUACAUUUUCAUUGUAAUGAGCAUACGCUACUAUCGGGAUGGAGCCGAUUCGAUGAAGGGAACAUACGAAACUGUUGGCAAUGCAUUCAAAUUCUGCCAAAUCCUACAAUAUCUGGAGGUCAUGCAUCCGUAUUUCCGCUACACAAAAGGCAGUGUAUUGAUGCCAUUCGUUCAGGUGACCGGUCGCAAUUUUAUUCUGUUUGUGAUGAUCAAUAUGGAGGAACGAAUGCAAACGAAGCCGGUGGUCUUCUAUCUAUUCAUGAUUUGGUCGGGCAUCGAAUUGGUUCGUUAUCCGUACUAUCUGACCGGAUUGAUGCAAAAGAGCAUCGCCUUACUGACAUGGCUGCGCUACUCGCUUUGGAUACCGCUGUAUCCGUUGGGUAUUUUGUGCGAAGGAAUCAUCAUUUUGCGGAACAUUCCCUAUUUUGAGGAGACCGGUCGCUUUACCGUCGAAAUGCCGAACAAAUGGAAUGCCACCUUCGACAUGGUCAUGUUCAUGAAAAUCUAUCUGAUCGUAUUGAUUUUGCCGGGCGCAUAUUUCAUGAUGAACGAAAUGAGAAAGGUGCGAACGAAGAAGUUGCAAGCGAAAAAGAAUUGGAAGAAAAAUUAGUUUCUAAGAAGUAUUUGUCUGUCUCGCGUGUUCAUUGGGGUAAAAUUUCUGUGUUUAAAAUGGGUUCAAUGGCUGUCCAAACACCAAAAUUAUGUAAGGUAAUAAAGGAGUGGUUACAAACGUA